AAAAUAAAAAUGUUUUUCUGCGAUAUCAAUGAAAGAAAUAACAUCAGAGAUUGCCGCGCUGCAAAUACGUCACAGGAAAUGUGCGACUGACUGGGAAAGAUUCUCCCCAGCUCUCUCUCCUGCUAGUGACAAUGUAAUGGCGGCCAGAUUCGAGUUCUUAUGAGUAGUUUCGGAGUUUAUUUGCUCAGAUUACCGCCAUACUUAUGCACGAUGCCAAUGAAAAAAAAUAGAGAAAUCUCCACUAAUACCCUAGAAUGGAUUGGUAAUGGGACUAUAGACGAUGGAAAAGUAUUUUACAGCAAAUGCAAAGUUAACGGAUCCUCAAUCAAUUGUGGAGAUGAUGUUGUUAUACACGGAGACGCGGGGCGGCGUUUUAUUGCACAAGUACAGAAGUUGUAUGAAAUUGAAGAAUCUAAAGAUCCUAACAGAGCAGUAAUACAGCGGUAUUGCAGAUACGGUGAAAUCUCACAACUCAAAGGGAAAAAACCUGUCGACAUCCCAGAACAUUGGACAGAAUUAUUGCUACCUAGUGAGGAUUGUUGUAGUUUUAGAAAUGAAAAUAUUAAAGCUGAAGCCAUACGGAGAAAGUGUAAUGUCCUAAGGUUAAAACCGCAUGAUGUAGUUCCAGAUUAUUUGCAAAGUUCCUCUCGAGAAGGUUUUUAUUAUGUUCGCUAUAAAUUUGACGAGAAUUACAACCUUCAUCCUGUUAAUAAAAGGCUCUCUAGGAAGUCUAUAUCAAACAUGGAACAGGUCUCUGUGAAAAGGAUAAUUCAUGUUAGAACUCCAAAGCAUACCCCAAGGAAGAUAAACAACACUACAAAAACACCACAAGCUGAAAAGGUGCCAGCUAAGGAAAAGGAUAAUUCCACUUUGAAGACAAACAAGAAAACUCCUAAGUCAACAAAGAAAUUGACAAUUGCCAAGAAGUGCAUGGUGUCUAUAGAGCCAUUGGUCUUUAAUAGAGAAAGCAGGGCUUCUUUGAAAAGAAGAGCAAGCGGCAGUAUUCCAGAUGAAUCUUCAGUGACACCUAAAAGAAAAAAAGGCCUUCAAAGUACAAGGAAAACAAAAGAACAAUUUUUAUCUCCAAGGCAGAGAUAUGGUACAGCAGAAGUCCUUGAACAAGUUCUUGAGAGUGAAUCAAGAUGUAGCGAUGUUGUCAAUGAUGAUGAUGAUAAUGAUGAGGAUGAUAAUGAUGAUGAAAUUAGUCAUGAUGAUGAUGAUGAUGUGUUUCAUCCAAGCAAUGUCAGUGAUUUAACAGAUGACAGUGACAGGGAUGAUGAAAGCAAUGAAGAUAGUGAUUGGGUUGUGGAAAAGAUUGGUAAAACAAGAAGUGAAGGUACAUGCACACCAAUAAGAACACUGAGGUCAUCCUCCAAGAGCAAGAGUACAUUCACAGCAAUACAGGACACACCUAAGGGUAAACCUACAGCUAAAACUCUAGCUAGAGUGAAAUCGUCACACAAAACACCUCAAAAAACCCCAGCACAGAAACAGUCAAAAACUCCAAAGACUGCGCGAAAAACGCCAAAGACACCAGCCAUAAACAUCAGUAGGCAGCCAUCUCAAAAGAAAGUGAAGACACCAAGUAUUCCUGAGAGGCAACAGCCCUGUAAAAUACCGGGAACACCUCUUGAAAUGGCCAGGAAAAAACUGCACGUGUCAGCAGUUCCUUCGUCUCUUCCUUGUCGUGAAAAGGAGUUUACAGAUAUCUAUAACUUUGUUGAGGGGAAACUUGAGGAUGGGACAGGAGGUUGCAUGUAUAUCUCUGGAGUCCCGGGGACUGGAAAAACAGCCACUGUGCAUGAAGUAUUACGCAGUAUACAAGAAGAUGAAGACCAGCGGGAAUUCACGUUUGUGGAAAUAAAUGGAAUGAAGCUCACAGAACCAGCCCAGGCCUACUCCACCUUCUUUAAGCUGCUCACAGGACAGAAGGCCACACCCGAACACGCCUCUAAUCUGUUGGAUAAACGGUUCAGUACACUAGUACCUAACAGGGAUCCUGUUGUCUUAUUGGUGGAUGAGUUAGACCUGUUUUGGACACGUAAACAACACGUGCUGUACAACUUGUUUGAAUGGCCGACACGGAGACAUUCCCGGCUGAUUGUUCUCGCCAUUGCUAAUACCAUGGAUCUACCGGAACGAAUUAUGAUGAAGCGAGUCUCAAGUCGCUUGGGACUGACUCGACUGACUUUUCAGCCCUACACAUUUUCACAGCUACAGGAGAUUGUUAUGUCUCGCAUCAUGGGUUUAAACGCUUUUGAACCGGAUGCGAUACAGCUGGUCUCCAGAAAGGUGGCAGCUGUUUCCGGUGAUGCGCGCCGCUGCUUAGACAUCUGCCGCAGGGCAGUAGAGAUCGCUGACUCGCGAUCCAAGAAGAAAGGAACAGCGUUGGUUGGAAUGAGUCACGUGGACGCUGCAUUGCAGGAUAUGUUUUCAUCGCCGAAGAUACGAGCCAUGAAAUGCUUAACACAAAUGGAGGGUCUGUUUCUGAAGUCGGUUAUUGCCGAGUUUCGUAGUUCAGGACUGGAAGAGGCAACGUUUGGAGAUGUUUUCCAGCAACUUCUCGAUUUUUGUCGUAUUGAGGGUCUUUCCACACCGACACCAUCUCAAGCCGCGGGAGUUUGUUGUCGAUUGGGGGCUUGGAAACUACUUCUUGUGGAGGCUGGCCGUCGUGAUCUAGAACAGAGAAUACGUUUGAAUGUCAAUCAAGAUGAUGUACUGUAUGCUCUUGAAAAGAAGCACAGGUGAAAAGACGCGUCACCAUAGUUAGAAUGGCUUCCAAGCUGCUGUUUAGAUCGCUCGACUUUUGUUUAGAUAAGUUUAUUUGACAUGCUGAAACGAUUUGAAUUCGUGUGAUGCGGAGAAAUUAUUUCGUUACUGUAUUUAUUAAGAUAGGAUCAAGCAAAAUUUAUGGCUAUUUUUGAAUUUUCAUUCUCAUUUUCCAGAUUUUAUACUGAAUACUUUUGUGGAAUCAUUUUUGUAUUAUUUCUUUUGAAUGCGUCGAACAUCGUUAGGAAUGCUUGAAUGUAUGUUAGAUACUUUUAUUCAUACUUUUGUAAAAUAAUGUACUUAAGGCGAUUAAAAUGUAAAUUUUUUUUGCA